AUGGCAGCUUCUGCGGCCCUCAAAAGUCGCUGCCGGCGAGCGAGCUACCUCAAUAAACUCGCCAAGGCUGAGGAUCUCAUUGAGCAUUUCCCUCAUGGAUCAUACAUUGGCUGGUCAGGUUUCACUGGGGUCGGCUAUCCGAAGAAAGUGCCAACGGCGCUGGCAGACCAUGUUGAGAGGAACAAUUUGCAAGGCAAGCUCAAGUACAAUCUAUUUGUCGGCGCGUCUUCCGGUGCAGAAACCGAAAAUCGAUGGGCUCGGCUUAACAUGAUAGAGCGACGUGCUCCCCAUCAGGUGGGAAAGGAAAUUGCCAAGGGCAUCAACAACGGAAACAUCAAAUUCUUCGAUAAACAUUUGAGCAUGUUCCCUGUGGACUUGAUGUAUGGCUUUUACACGAAGCACAAGGCCAACAACAGACUGGAUGUCGCCAUCGUUGAAGCCAGCGCGAUCACCGAAGACGGCGGCAUCAUUCCCGGAGCAUCUGUUGGGGCCAGUCCCGAGAUUAUCCAGAUGGCAGAUAAGAUCAUCAUUGAAGUCAAUACGGCAGCUCCCAGCUUCGAAGGUCUGCACGAUAUCACAAUGACCGACUUGCCUCCCCGGAGAAAACCAUACCUUAUUAUGGCACCAGAAGAUCGUAUUGGAACACCGCAUAUCCCCGUGGACCCAGAGCGAGUGAUUGCGAUUGUCGAAUCCGAUUACCCAGAUCAAACCACCGAGAACGCUCCCGAGGAUGAAUCUUCCAGAGCUAUCGCUUCAAACCUGAUUGAAUUUUUGGAACAUGAAGUCAAACAUGGACGGUUGCCAGUAAAUUUACUGCCUCUCCAAUCUGGUAUUGGGAAUAUUGCGAAUGCUGUCAUUGGUGGCCUGGCCCAUGAGGCGAAUUUCAAGAACCUGAAAGUCUGGACUGAAGUGUUGCAGGAUUCGUUCCUCGACCUUUUCGACAGUGGCAAUCUUGACUUUGCCACAGCAACAUCGAUUCGAUUCUCUCCAGGAGGGUUCAAACGAUUCUAUGACGGCUGGGAGAAUUACCAUUCCAAAUUGCUGUUACGCUCACAACAAGUUUCCAAUUCUCCAGAAAUUAUCCGUCGUUUGGGCGUUAUUGGAAUGAACACUCCCGUAGAAGUCGACAUUUACGCGCACGCAAACUCCACCUGCGUCAUGGGAUCUCGCAUGCUGAACGGCCUUGGUGGCUCCGCUGACUUCUUACGCUCUUCUAAAUACUCAAUCAUGCAUACGCCGAGCACUCGACCCUCGAAGACGGACCCGACUGGCGUUUCUUGCAUUGUGCCCAUGUGUACGCACGUGGACCAGACUGAGCACGACCUUGAUGUUAUUGUUACCGAGAUUGGAUUGGCUGAUGUUCGUGGAAUGUCGCCACGUGAAAGAGCCCGAGAGAUCAUCAAGCAAUGUGCCCAUCCCGAAUACAGACCAAUACUCCAGGACUACUUCGACAAGGCAGAGUUUGAGUGUCUGAGGAAAGGCAUGGGUCACGAACCUCAUUUACUGUUCCAAACAUUUGAUAUGCACAAGAACCUGCAGGAAAAUGGCACGAUGAAGAUCAGUGGUUGGAAAUAG